CAGAGCGCCUUGGCUGUGCCUAAUACCCAUCGCUGCGCACUUGACAGCCAGUCCGCCCGUCCGGAGCCCGGCUCGUUGGGGCAGCAUGGCGGGGUCGCCGCUGCUCUGCGGGCCGAGGGCCGGGGGCGUAGGCCUUUUGGUGCUGCUGCUCUUGGGUCUUCUGAGGCUGCCCCCCACCCUGUCAGCGAGGCCCGUGAAGGAGCCCCGCAGUCUGAGCGCAGCAUCCGCGCCCUUGGCUGAGACUAGCACUCCCCUCCGCUUGCGUCGGGCCGUGCCCCGAGGAGAGGCGGCGGGUGCGGUGCAGGAGCUGGCGCGGGCGCUGGCGCACCUGCUGGAGGCCGAGAGACAGGAGCGCGCGCGUGCCGAGGCGCAGGAGGCAGAGGAUCAGCAGGCACUCCUGGCGCUGCUGCGCGCCUGGGCUCCCCCCUCGGACCCGCCCUUGGCCCCGGAUGACGACCCGGACGCUCCCGCUGCACAGCUCGCCCGUGCUCUGCUCCGAGCUCGCCUAGACCCGGCCGCCCUGGCGGCUCAGCUUGUCCCCGCCCCUGCCCCUGCCGCUGCGCUGCGACCCCGGCCCCCAGUGUAUGACGAUGGCCCCACCGGCCCAGACGUCGAGGAUGCCGCUGACGAGACUCCUGAUGUGGACCCUGAGCUGCUGAGGUACUUGCUAGGGCGGAUCCUCACCGGAAGUUCAGAGCCAGAGGCUGCUCCGGCCCCGCGCCGCCUCCGCCGAGCUGUGGACCAGGAUUUGGGUCCCGAGGUGCCCCCUGAGAACGUACUGGGGGCUCUGCUACGCGUCAAACGUCUCGAGAACUCCUCGCCCCAGGCACCGGCACGCCGCCUCCUGCCUCCCUGAGCGCUACUGCAUUCUGCACGCCCUGGAACCCAGGAGCGCCCCGGAACCCAGGAGCGCCCCAGCAACCCUGACUCCCUGCCAGCACGUCCACGGCUGCUUACCCCAGCAACCUCCCAUCCCCUGAGCCCUCCCUCAAUAAAUGCAAUCUGUAGCAACA